GUCUUCUCUUAUGCUAUUGGUUAAUUUAAACGUCGAUCUUACUUUUUUCUGCACGAAUCAUUAAGGUAGGUUUCACGUUCAAAGUAUCAAGGCAGGAAGCGACCUGACGGCAGGGAUGCGAUCGUUCCAGUCACACUAGAACCUUGCAUCAAAAUGGAGGAAAAGUCCAGGGAUAACUGGUGUUUUAGCUUCCAAGUUGCUGAAGGGCCGUUCGAAGUCCAGAGCAGUCUCAUGUGAAUGAGGAAUGAGUGACAGCAUUGUUGCAAAGAACUACUGGAAAUGAUAGUUCCCCUCCACUUCUCACAUUUGAAUGCCACUUACUAAGGAUCAUUUUUUUCUCUGCAUCCCACCACACCAUCUCUGCUGUCUGCUGUUAGGCAGAGUUGAAUCGUUCGUGUCCUCUGGCCUCGUGCCCUUCCAUUGGUGUUGGCGUACGAUGGCGCGGUGGGACGCUGAGGGCUGCAGUGGGAGACUGUGAUGUCCGAGCCAAACAGUCCGGGUGAGAGCCGGCGUGCCGCUCCCAGAUUCUUCGUGGGUUGCGAAGACGAUGAGAGCGAGGUCUUGGAUGAUAGCAUAAGGACAGACAUGGAACUGUAUGAGGACGACGAAGACACAGACUCACCACCAGAGCAACAGAUCAUGGUGGGGAUCUGCUGCAUGAUGAAGAAGUCCAAGUCCAAGCCAAUGACUCAGAUACUGGAGAGACUAUGCAGGUUUGAGUACAUCACCGUGGUCAUCUUUCCGGAGGACGUCAUCCUCAAUGAGCCAGUGGAAAAUUGGCCGCUGUGUGACUGCCUCAUCUCCUUCCACUCCAAAGGAUUUCCACUAGAUAAAGCAGUGAGCUAUGCCAAGCUAAGAAACCCUCUGCUCAUCAAUGACCUGAACAUGCAGUACUACAUUCAGGACAGGAGGGAAGUAUAUCGCAUCCUACAGGAAGAGGGAAUAGAUCUACCACGCUAUGCUGUGCUGAAUCGUGACCCAGAUAAACCAGAUGAGUGCAACCUGGUGGAAGGAGAAGACCACGUGGAGGUGAAUGGAGAGAUAUUCCAGAAGCCUUUUGUUGAGAAGCCUGUCUGUGCUGAGGACCACAAUGUCUACAUCUACUACCCGACUUCUGCUGGUGGUGGCAGCCAGCGUCUCUUCAGAAAGAUUGGGAGCAGAAGCAGUGUAUACUCACCGGAGAGCAGCGUAAGGAAGACUGGCUCGUACAUCUAUGAAGAAUUUAUGCCAACAGAUGGCACCGAUGUCAAGGUGUAUACUGUGGGGCCUGACUAUGCUCAUGCCGAAGCCAGAAAGUCUCCUGCUUUGGACGGGAAGGUAGAGCGAGACAGCGAGGGCAAGGAGGUCCGUUACCCUGUCAUGCUGUCAGCUAUGGAGAAACUGGUUGCCAGAAAAGUCUGUUUAGCUUUCAAGCAAACUGUGUGUGGCUUUGACCUCCUUCGAGCCAAUGGACACUCCUACGUGUGUGAUGUCAACGGUUUCAGCUUCGUGAAGAACUCUAUGAAAUACUACGAUGACUGCGCCAAGAUCUUAGGGAAUCUUGUAAUGCGGGAGCUAGCUCCUCAGUUUCAGAUUCCCUGGUCCAUCCCCACUGAGGCAGAGGACAUCCCGAUUGUUCCGACCACAUCGGGGACCAUGAUGGAAUUACGCUGUGUGAUCGCUGUCAUCCGACAUGGAGACAGAACACCCAAGCAGAAGAUGAAGAUGGAAGUUCGCAACCCCUUGUUCUUUGACCUUUUUGAAAAAUAUGGAGGCUACAAAACUGGGAAAUUAAAACUGAAGAAGCCAAAGCAACUGCAGGAGGUGCUGGACAUCACACGGCAGUUGUUGGCAGAUCUGGGUCAGCACAACGACUGUGAGAUAGAGGAAAAGAAGUCCAAACUGGAGCAGCUGAAAACUGUUCUAGAAAUGUAUGGGCACUUCUCCGGGAUUAACAGAAAAGUGCAGCUAACCUACUUGCCUUAUGGGCAGCCCAAAACUUCAAGUGAAGAAGAAGACACGCGUAAGGAAGGUCCAUCUCUGCUGCUGGUGCUAAAAUGGGGAGGAGAGCUGACGCCUGCAGGCAGAGUGCAGGCUGAGGAGCUCGGGAGGGCCUUCCGCUGUAUGUACCCUGGAGGACAAGGAGACUAUGCUGGUUUUCCUGGCUGUGGAUUGCUGCGGUUGCAUAGCACUUACAGACAUGACCUGAAGAUAUAUGCAUCUGAUGAAGGCAGGGUGCAGAUGACUGCUGCGGCUUUUGCGAAGGGUUUGUUGGCCUUGGAGGGUGAGCUGACUCCCAUUCUAGUACAGAUGGUAAAGAGUGCGAACAUGAACGGGCUGCUGGAUAGCGACAGCGACUCACUGAGCGGCUGUCAGCAUCGCGUCAAAGCCAGACUUCAUGAGAUUCUACAGAAGGACAGGGAUUUUCUAGAUGAAGACUACGACAGGCUGGCCCCAACAUGUAGUGCGUCUUUAGUGAACUCAAUGAAAAUAGUGCAGAACCCAGUGGCAACAUGUGACCAGGUUUAUGCCCUCAUUCAAAGUCUUACCGCUCAGAUCCGCAAAAGAAUGGAGGAUCCCAAGUCAGCUGACCUGCAACUUUACCACAGUGAGACAUUGGAACUGAUGCUGCAGCGCUGGUCCAAACUUGAGAGAGACUUCCGCAUGAAGAACGGCCGCUACGACAUCAGUAAAAUACCCGACAUUUACGACUGUGUGAAAUACGACGUUAUUCAUAAUGCCACUCUGGGCUUGGAGGACACAUUGGAGUUGUUCAGACUUUCUCGUGCCUUGGCUGACAUUGUCAUUCCACAGGAAUAUGGCAUAAACAAAGCUGAGAAGCUAGACAUUGCAUAUGCCUACUGCCUCCCACUGGUCAGAAAGAUCCAGCUUGACCUUCAGAGGACUCAUGAGGAUGAGUCUGUCAACAAGCUGCACCCUCUAUAUUCCCGUGGAGUGAUGUCGCCUGGACGCCAUGUCAGGACACGUCUGUAUUUCACCAGCGAGAGUCACGUACACUCUCUGCUGAGUAUUUUCCGCUAUGGCGGUUUGCUUGAUGUAAGCUUCCUGACUUUAAGUGAGUCAAUGACUCUACCUGGGACCAGGCUAAAAUUGAGUUCCUGUGUGUUUUACGUGCUAAAGGAAGAGAAGGAUCAACAGUGGAAUCGUGCCAUGGAUUACCUGAGCGCUGUCUCGGAACUCAACUACAUGACUCAGAUUGUCAUCAUGCUAUAUGAGGACAACAAUAAGGAUCUCACCUCAGAGGAACGCUUCCAUGUGGAGCUUCACUUUAGUCCGGGAGUCAAAGGUGUUGAGGAAGAAGAAAAUGCACCAACUGGCUUUGGCUUUAGGCCAGCCUCUGCAGAGGUAGCGCGACAGAAUGGGCAAAAACAGACUGACCCCGGGAGCCUGGAGGACCUCUCACGCGAUGAGACAGACAGAGCUGUACCGCUGUCUGAGCCCAUCACCAUCCAGAGAAGAUCACCACUUAUACGCAACCAUAAGACUGGAUCUAUGGAGGUUCUGUCCGAGACUUCAUCCACCAAAGUAGGGAGCUAUCGCCUCUUCUCCUUCUGUUCUCGUCAAUCUCCUGACAUCAAACAAAGUGGGUUAGGCUCUCAGUGUGCCGGGCUGUUCAGCACCACUGUCCUAGGUGGGUCCUCUAGCGCACCUAACCUGCAGGACUACGCACGCGCGCACCGCAAAAAAUUCUCCACCAGCAGUCUGUCCUACAAAGACGCUGCACUGACUUUCUGCUUGUCUAUUCAGUGUUUCUGUAUUGGUACUUCAGCUUGAACUCAUAGUGGCCUUAAAUAUCAGUCCAUUGGCAGUUGCUGUCAGAUGUUUUCAUACACUCGUCAUGGGAAUGAAUGUCAAAACAAUUUUUUGGCCCUUAAUGAUUUAUUUAAACUGUUCUUUUUCGAGGGUAGACGUAUUUUUGCAGUGCACAUCUUUUGAUUUUUGAAAACGAAAGGGGUAGUUUGAAUAUAUUUAGGAUUUCUGUAACUUACACACAGAAAUACAACAGAGAAUAAUAGAAUAUACUGUAGGUUUAAUUAUACACAUACAAUCCCCUUUAUUGUAAGUGGUCCUGAAUGUAUUUCCUUUUAGUGAUCAGUGCAGCUUGCUACUUGUAUAUCUACCGACACUGAUACCAAUUACAGUGCAGUAAUCCCUCGUUUAUCAUUUACAUUUUCGUAGGUAGAGCAUAGAAAACCUGUUUAUCCAUCCAUCCAUUUUCGACCGUUUAUCCGAGAUCAGGUCGUGUGGGCAGCAAUUUAAGCAGGGAGGCCCAGAUUUUCCUCUUCCUGGUCACUUCGUCCAGCUCCUCCCGGCGGAUCCCGAGGCAUUCCUAGGCCCGUUGGGAGACAUAGUCUCUCCAACAUGUCCUGGGUCUUCCCCGAGGCCUUCUACUGGUCGGACUUGCAUGACCAGAUGCCCAAGCCACCUCAUCUGGCUCCUCUCAAUGCGGGUCUCUCCCGGAUGACAGUGCUUCUCACCUUAUCUCUAAGGGAGGGCCCAGCCACCUUACGGAGAAAACUCAUUUCAGCCGCUUGUACCCUUGAUCUUGUCCUUUCAGUCACGACCCAAAGCUCAUGACCAUAGGUCCUGACCUAUGGUCCUGUUUAUGGCUUUCUAAUAUGAUUUUUACCAUUAUUAGAGCCCUCUAGACAUGAAAUAGCACCUCUAUAGUCACCUUUACACUCGUUUUACCAAUAUAGUAGAAAUAAUCAGAGAAAAUAAGCCAUUUAAGACAUACAUAAGACUUGUCCUCGUGUGUAUUUCAAUAAAUGUCUUCCAGAUAUUUGGACAAGAAGUGAUGUCGGGGAUUCAGAGUUGAGUUUUAGCUGGAGUACGGCCGCGACAGUAACUUGUGUUGUUAAUAUUAUGGUGGCGAUGAUGAUGAUGACUGUUAUUAAGUUAUUAUUGUACCUGUUGUGGGAAAAAUAAUUACAAAAUAAGAAAAGCCUGUCAUUGGUGAUCAAGUCUGGUGUGUGUUAUUAGUGGCACCCAGUGGCCAGUGUAGACGACAGUUCAUCAACGUCAGGCACUCAACACUAAUGAAUGAUAAUGUAAGAUGAUCGUUGACUAUAGGAAAUUGGAGUCACGGUGCAGAACUGCACAGUAGUAUACAGUACUCUACAGUACAGUUUUCACUUUUGCAUCAUGGUGCGUUCAAGGAAUGCAAGUGCGAAAUCUCAAUGCGUGAUGAAAAAACAUGAUCAGUGAUUGAUCAGUGUGUGUGUGUCUACAGAAAAAAACUGCUUAUUUUCACAGUAGAAAAAAAUACCUGUAAUAGUUUUGACUAAAAAACUGCGACUUUGUGGGGCCGUGAAUUUGGGAAUGUAGGGAUUCAUUUUAUACAUAUGAGCCAGUAUGUACAUUAAUCCCUCGCCACUUCCUGCUUCAAAUUUUGUGGCUUCCCUCUAUCACAGUUCUUCAAAAAUAUAUUCAUAAAUCAUGCUGUUUCAUGGUUGAAUCUGACUUAUCAGUCAUAAAAUAUGCCUAUUUAAGCAAAUAGUACGUAUUUUCUGCCCAGAUUCAGUAUUUUCAAGCAUAAAAAUUGCUAAAUGAAGUAAAAUACAAAUAGAAGGCAUUCAGAAAGGUAUUGAAAGGCGUUGUGAUAUGUAGUAUUCUACGCUGGCCACUAGGGGUUAGUAUUGUUACUGUAACGUUCAGUGAGACAGACCAGCACCGGACUUGAUCGCCAGAACAACAGGCCUUAAUUGCAGGUUUGAAUUGCUACUGUUGCUGCCGUAACCCACGGCCAGCUAAAACUCAACUCUGAAACCGUAACGUCACUUCCUGUCCGUCCCCCAACUCAACUCCCUUAACACUCGGACGCAUUUAAAGCAGCACACAUGAGCACAAGUCUUAUUUAUGUGUUAAAUGGCUUAUUUUCUCUUAUGUCUACUAUAUUGGGUAUUGGGUAAUACAAGUGUAAAGGUGAUUAUAUGGGUGUUGUUUCAUAUCUAGAGAGCUCUAAUAAUGUUAAUUUUGUUAUUUAAUCAAAUUUGACAUAUUCUUGGCCUAAAUUAAGCAUUUUUCAAACAUAAAAAUGGCUAAAGGAAUGAAAAUGCAAAUAGAAGGCAUUCAGAAUGCGCAUUCAAACAUGUAAUAUGUAGUAUUCUACACUGGCCACUAGGUGUCAGUAAUGUUACAUUGAUGAGACAAUAGCCACCCCAGGAAGUUAGCUGUCCAGCAAAAAACCAGCAUGUGUUGUGUUAUGUGAUGUUUUAUUUAUGUCUGUCCGUCUUAUUUACUACUAUGUCUACUAUAUUGGGUAAUACGAAUGUAAAGGUGACUAUAGGGGUUAUUUCAUGUCUAGAGUGCUUUACUAAUGUUAAAAACUGUAUUUAGAAGGUCGGAAUCAGUUUUUCUAUGCUCUUACUACACAAAUAUUCCAUUGCUAAAUAAGGAAUCCUACUUUUUGGAAAUUCUCUUAUCAUGGUCGGGUCUGGAACCAAUUAACCGUGAUAAAUGAGGGAUUACUGUAUAUGCAAAUGGGAGAAAAUAAAUUCAAAUGUGUGCACCCAAUUUGGUUUUUAAUAAUCACUAAAGAUCUACCAUGUGCGUAUCAUUCCAUCUGGUAAAAGAAAUUAAUCAUGAAGGUCCCAAUAGGAUGCCCAUCAUCGUUUGAGUGGAGCUAUAUACUGUAUACAUAUUAAUGCAGUCAAAACUCACAAAGUGAAACUCUCAAUGUUAAAAUCUGUGUUCUGUUUAGUAGAUACAGCCAUACAAUAUCAUCAUGUGAUUAUUAGUUUUCCGUGUCUGUAUUUUGGCCCUGGAGGUUAACUCAUCAGUUUAGUUUAGUUUUAGACAAAAACAAAGGGCUUGUUGAUGCGUCCAAAAACUACCCAUGCUUGGUCAUGGUCACGGAGCUGACAUUGUUGUCCAGUAGGUGUCAGUUUUGUAUCACAUAAACGCUCUCGCUUCUGCUGCCAUCCUCAUUGCUGCCUGACUUGUUUGUCUUUGUCAUCCAUCUUGGUACAUCUCAUUUUUUAGCAUUAAUGGGGACAUUCUGAUCUCAAUCCAAUCUAGUUCUAGUGUCUUUUUUUUUUUUUUUUUUUACUGUUUCGUGCUAAAUCCAAUAAUCCUAAAAGUGUCCCACUUUAAAAGUAGUUGGUAUUUUCCAUUGUGUUCUCUGCCACGUGUUCACAAUUGAGCAAAACGAAGCAAGAUGAAAAUAUGAAGAGAAAAAGUUGAUCCUGAAAACAUUGUUGUUUCCAUAUUAACAUUGACACAAGAGAAUAGGGCAUGAUAAAAUAUGAUCUACAAGUUAC